GGGUGCAGUGGGAGAACGCUUAAGAUAGUGACAGAGGCAGAGGUGUUCGCUGUUGCACAAUAGUGCCAGAGGCUGCUGGCAAGAGGGAGGGAGAGAGGCAUCAUGGCAGCACUCUCUGCAUCAUCACGACACAUGGGGAUGUUUGGCUGCUGCUGGUGAACACUGGGAUGCAGAGUGGAGGACUUCCUGGAAACCAAAGGCAAGCCGAGGAAACAGGUGCAACCAGUGAGAGGAGCCACAUGAUGAGUGGGAUCCUGAAGAGGAAGCUUGAGGAGGGCCCGUCCCCCUAUCUGUCCCUGCAAAGGUCUGACGAUGAGGUCUCCUGCAGCGACAGCGGCAACAGCAGUGACAGUCUCAACCACCCCGUCCCCUCCGGGCUGCUGGACUCCACUCUCCAGCAGCCUUCGAAGCGACUGCGUGGUCGCAACGUGCACUUUGAGAAUGUGACGGUCUACUACUUCAACCGCCGGCAGGGGUUCACCAGUGUGCCCACGCAGGGGGGCAGCACCUUGGGGAUGUCACCACGCCACAGCGGGGUGAAGCAUUUCACCCUCAGGGAGUUUGCCAUGGAGCAGAAACUGAGCCACCGGAACAUGCUGAGGGAUCAUCUCAAAGAGGAAAAACUCAAUGCCAUCAAACUCAAACUGACCAAGAAUGGCACUGUGUCAUCCGUGGAGGCGGAUACCCUGACGCUGGAUGACAUCUCCGAAGAUGACCUUGAUGUGGACAACACGGAGGUGGAUGAUUACUUCUUCCUCCAGCCUCUGACUACCAGGAGGCGGCGCACCCUGCUCCGUUCCUCGGGGGUCCGACGCAUCGACGUGGAGGAGAAGCACGAGCUGCGUUCCCUCCGCAUGUCGCGAGAGGAGUGUGGGUGCCGCUGCCGGGGGAUAUGUGACCCAGAGACCUGUGCCUGCAGCCUGGCCGGCAUUAAGUGCCAGGUAAAUGGAACUGUGGUGGACCGCAUGUCCUUCCCCUGCGGCUGCACCAAAGACGGCUGCAGCAACAACACGGGACGCCUGGAGUUCAACCCGGUCCGGGUGCGCACCCACUUCCUGCACACCAUCAUGAAGCUGGAGCUGGAGAAGAGUCGAGAGGAACAGCAGCAUCAGCAGCAGCAGCAGCAGCAGCAGCCGGAGCAGCAGCUUGUAACCAAUGGCAACGGUUACCAUGGCGACUCCUCCUUAGUCCAACAUCAGCAGCAGCAGCAGCAGCAGCAGACGAACCUGCAGUUUCCAUUGAUGAGUGGCACACAGCACAUUCCCAUCAUGCACCUCCAAAACACAGGCGACACCAAUUCACAUAUAGAUGAAGAGGAGGAAGAGGAGGAGGAGGAAGAGGAUGAUGAGGCCUAUGAGGACGAUGAGGAUGGCAGCAGUGUUUGCAGCGGGCUGUCGGACUGCAGCACACACAGCUUAGACACAAUGGACACCGAGGAGGACGAAGAAGAGGACGAGGAAGAUGAAGAGGAUGAUGAGGAAGAUGAUGAAGAAGAGGAUGAUGAUGAUGAUUGGGAUUGCUCAAUGCAUGGAACAGGUCCACCGCCCUACACUGUCCCCCUUCCCUCUGUGAUGAGUUACUCUAACAUGAGCCCCUUCCACAGCUCGCAGCAUUAUCAAACAGACUCUCCUGCUUUUCUCAGUGAAAAUGUCCCCACACUCCCCACAGUAGAAACAGCAUUAGAGUCUGAAAUCAAACUCCACUGCCAAACAGAGCAGCAGAGCCACUUCCCUGACCCCACCGAGUCCAUGAAGCUCCAAACCUGUGCACAUGUGGACACCCGUGAGAGUAUCGCUGCCCCCGCCAAUGCAGCUGAUGAACAGCCCCCCUCCACAGACCUCCAUAACAAUCCAGAGCUGCGUGACUCACAGACUGAGGCUCCGUCUGGAUCUGAGGAGCAGAAUAAAGAGGAAAUAAUCGAGCGACCAGGACUGAAAAAGCAAAUCACAGACACAUUAUGCUCUGAGAGUACCUGAUGACUCAAAGGCUUUAGAGAGGGAUCCAUUCAUUUAAGAAAAUGUUAUCAAGAAUGGUGCCCUUCAAACAUCAGUUUCUAUUGAUAAGUGAUUCCGAAUGAGUCAUACAGAUUGUUGUUGAAGACUGGUAAACUAUAAAAAGUUCACGAACAAAACUCAAUAAAACAGCGUUUCUGUAUUUAACUAUAUGGAGUACAAUGUAUGCCCUCAUAAAGUAUUUGAUCAUUACAGCAUGUUUCCUGGUUGUGAACGGCAUCUAUGACAAAUCAACAUUUUGAGGUGCUUGUAUUGUUUCAAUAUUUUUGCAUUGUGCUGGUGUCUCAUUGAUGCUGCUAAUUGUUCUUUAUGCCUGUAUUUAUAGCAUGUGUCCAGUUUACCUAUGUUUCCAAGGCUUAACACAAACUGUAAAAUGAUAAACGGUGUCACUGACAAAACACUGGCCUUCAUAUUAACACAUAAAUCUGAUUCAAUUCGUACUGAAGCUCUUUCUUUUUUUGGCUCACAUGUUAGCCUAGUUAGCAGCUUGUCUUUGCUUCAGAAGUUUCUUAAAUCAAUUUGGACAUUAAAGCAGCUUUAAAUAAGUUUAUGAUUAACAAUGAUAUUUGUAGUGACCAACCCAUAGGCUAAACAAUUAUCCGUGACUCUGCAGUUUCUCUUAGUUAUGGAAAAUGUUAGCAUAUUUCAGCUCAUUGUUUUGGUUUUAGGCCUUAACUUUACUGUUUUGGUUCACACAACUUUCUCUCUCCCUAAAAAUGCUCUAAACAUCAAAAGCUAGCAUUUAGCUGAUGAACAUAAGGGAGUUUUUAGCAGCUAAAGAGUCAGAUAAUAUCCUCUGCAAGAAUUGGUAGAGAGCUAAACAGAGCUAAAAGGAGAGAAAGAUAUUGCAUUUAUAUUCAUUAGGUUGACAUGACUGUAAAUGCUAAAGUGGUUACGUAUUUGCUGGAUGUUUCAAACGUACCUGUUUGCUAACGCGUUAGCUGUAUCGGCUUAGCUCUGCUGCUAGGUCAGAAUUGUGCUUACAUGGCCCAAAUAAUAAGUAGUUGUACGUUUUCAUCUAGUGUGCAGUCAACAUUAUUGUUUCCAAUAACUUUUUCUAUGACCAAAUACUUUCGAAACUGAUGACAUUCCUAUAAGCCAGGCUUUACUUUGACUUAAGUGCAAAGUAGCUAGUUUCACGUGCAACAGCGAGCAGUAAUAUCAGCUUGUUAUCAUAGCAUUUGUGAGCUUGUUUACAUGCUAACGGUAGUAUUUAGCUUAAAAGUAAUUAUCAGAACUCUGCUGCCAUAAGCAUGUCUGCCAAAGUUAUCACACUAUAUAAUAACAAAAAUAAUGUCUUUCUGCCUAAAAAACACAAUUUGUCUGUGCUAAAUUUAUCAUUUUACAGUUGUGUGAACAAUGUGAUAAAACUGCACUUUUUUUUCCAGUUUUCAGGUAACUUAAGGCUUGUGUCAAGAGUAGUAACGUUGUCUCUCAACACUGCCAAACUGGAGUCCAAAUAUAUUUCAUGUUCUUUUUAAAGCAACUGUGAGUUUCCAUGAGUGUCAAUAAAAAAACUCUUAAAAGUG